AUGUCGUCGAUGGCAUUCGAUGGAGAAGCGCCGGAAACUGACGACGAGGAAGAAGUUUGUGAGAAAGUGGAGAAAGUGACAAAUCGAACGGAAACACCACGAAAACAACCUUCUCUGGUUGACAAGAAGCUGGAAAAGCAGUGGACACAAGCGGCAAUCGAAACUAUUAAUGUAUGUCAAAAACGAUCUGUAAAUCAAGAGAAAACUAUGCAAAAAGUGACCGAAUCGGCUGCAGAUUGUUUUACUUCAAUGCAGAAUGUCGCUGCAAAACUCAAUGUAGUGCAUACGAAUGUGACAAGACUCGAGGAUUCGGUGGCGGACUUGUUAGAGGCGUCCCAAUUGCUGCCCGAUAAAUUUCCCAGUCUUCAAUUGAAUAUUCCCGAGUUUUUGUAA